AUGGGUCGAGAAACUCAGACCUCAACCGGUCAGCAUGAUUCGAGCGUUGCCGGAACCGCAAAUACAAGGACCACAGAGACUCGGCGAUCCCACAAAAAGUCUCGCAACGGGUGCACCGAGUGCAAACGUCGCCAUAUCCGCUGCGACGAGCGCCAGCCGUCUUGCGCAAAUUGCGAAGUUGCAGAGCGUGCAUGCGUCUUCCCGCCGCCCAAGGUGGGCAAGCAGAGGCGGAAACGAGGGCAACAGCGGCACGCAUCGCAACAGCACGGGCGAGAGACAACAACAACAACAAGUCCAACACUACCCGAUCCCACAGAGGGUAGUGUAAACAACAUUGACGAUGCGGAAGAGCAUAAUACACAGACGCCGCUGGCCAUUCAUCAGCAAAACAGCCACUCGGAACUCGGUCCAGCGGUAGAUCAACCCACCAUUUCCUUGUCGUUGGAGCACGGUGACCAAGCGUCCAUAGCCGACCUCGAGCCUACCGCUUCCCAUCCACCUUCCGAUUGCCAUCCUGGCUUAAUCGGUGUACCAAACGUCGCGUCCAAGACAAUAUUCACGCCGCAACACAUGAUUCUCAUGCACCAUGCCCACACAGUGCCAAACUUCACCGGGCCCAACCGGAGCAUAGUGGAUAUUGCCAUCCGCCACGCUGUCGACUCACCGUACCUCCUCGAUGAAAUUCUUGCUUUCACAGCUUUCGACAUGGUUCAUCUGUAUCCUGGAUCAGCCGUUUGUCUCCGACACCUGGCCACAGAGCUACAAACACGCGCUCUUGCCUCCUUCACUCUCCUCACAGAAACGGUUCCCAAAGAUGACAAAGCUACCGCCGUCCCUCGCUUCCUCUUUUCUGCCAUCCUAGGCAGACAUGUUCUUGCCGACACUCUCGCGCACUACCGCUCCGACUUCCACUCAUUUAUCGAUCGACUUGUGGAAUGUUUCAAUCUCAAUCGCGGCAUCACCUCCGUCACGCCUCCGGCUAAGGACUAUCUGUACAACUCCGAGAUCCAGCCCUUUCUCAAUGUUGUCCUCAAGGCUCAUAAAAAGAUCGUUUCUCCAGGAACCGAGUGCGAUCCUCUUACUCGUCUUUUGGACGAUUCUGACCUUAGCGAAACCAGCAUGAAGGCAUGCCGUCAUACCAUUGAGCUUUUACAGUGGUCCUUCGACCUGUGUCGAGGCCUCGACGAAGAGGAAUAUCCCUCAGCGGCCUCGUCGUUUUCUGUGAAGAUAGAGGGAAGCUUCGUUGACAUGCUGCGGAAACAUCGACCAGAGGCCCUAGUCAUUCUCGCCUACUAUGGUGUAUUAUUGCACCGCUGCCGCAGCUUUUGGGCCUUCGGCAGUGCUGGCGCCUCAAUGAUUCGCGCUAUUGCCGGGCACUUGGGUAGCUACUGGCGAGGCGUGCUUGAGUGGCCGCUGCUUGUCAUUGAAACGGAGUGCAACUCGGAGCCCGUAGCUGAGGCGACGACUCUUGGCACUCUUACAAUGACAUCGCAUGUAUCACAGUGA